CUGGCUGGAAGGGCUUCCCUAACCCUCAGGAACAGCCCGCCAGCGAGGAAAGGCGAGCCAGGCGGGAGGCAAAGAGGAGACACCGCAUUUCUAAGAGGCAAGAAAGAAAGGAAGGAAGGAAAAAAAUAACCCAAGCGGCGCAGAGUGGACUCUGGUCCCGGAGAGCACGGUCAGGCGCCGGAACGUGGACCUAGAAGCACCGGAAUGCAAACAAAGCUCGCGGGCGCCUGUGCAGGGCUCGCGGGGAAGCCCAGAAAGUUUGUUUUAUGAUGGCUUGAGUGCGCGAGUGUGUGCAGGGAGCGAGUCUGCCAAGUUUCUCUCUCCCGUUGCGUUAUUUGAGGGGAGAUGUCUCUCCCUUGAACCAGCGUGGGCUUGGGGGCUUGUGCUGUGGAAGGCACCUGUCUCUCAUUUUAUUGUUUUUUUUUUGGGGGGGGGAGGAGGGGCGUAAGUCAUCAUGUCGAAAGUGAUCCAGAAGAAGAACCACUGGACUAGCAGGGUUCACGAAUGCACCGUGAAGCGGGGACCUCAGGGCGAGCUGGGGGUGACGGUGCUGGGGGGCGCGGAGAACGGAGAGUUUCCGUAUGUCGGAGCGGUGGCGGCGGCCGAGGCGGCGGGGCUUCCCGGCGGCGGCCAGAGCUCUCGGCUGGGCGAGGGGGAGCUGCUUCUGGAGGUGCAGGGGAUCCGGGUGUCCGGUUUACCCCGCUAUGACGUACUGGGAGUUAUCGACAGCUGCAAGGAGGCCGUCACCUUCAGAGCCGUCAGACAAGGAGGAAAGCUGAACAAGGACCUGCGACAUUUUCUCAAUCAGCGGUUCCAGAAAGGGUCGCCUGAUCAUGAGCUCCAGCAGACCAUAAGAGAUAACCUUUACCGCCAUGCUGUGCCUUGCACAACCCGGUCUCCCAGAGAAGGAGAGGUGCCUGGCGUGGACUACAGUUUUCUGACUGUGGAGGAGUUCUUGGACCUCGAGCGGAGCGGGACUCUUCUAGAAGUCGGCACCUACGAAGGAAACUAUUAUGGGACACCCAAACCUCCUAGCCAGCCACUCAGUGGGAAAGUGAUCACGACGGAUGCCUUGCAAAGCCUUCAUUCUGGCUCCAAGCAGUCAACCCCAAAGCGAACCAAGUCCUACAAUGACAUGCAAAAUGCUGGCAUAGUCCACGCGGAGAAUGAGGAAGAAGAUGAUGCUCCUGAAAUGAACAGCAGCUUCACAGCCGAUUCUGGUGACCAAGAAGAGCACAGUCUUCAAGAAGCAACGCUCCCGCCUGUGAAUAGUAGCAUCAUCGCCGCUCCCAUCACGGACCCUUCUCAGAAGUUCCCUCAAUACCUACCUCUUUCUGCAGAGGAUAAUUUAGGUCCUCUACCUGAAAACUGGGAGAUGGCCUAUACCGAAAACGGAGAAGUCUAUUUUAUAGACCAUAACACAAAAACAACAUCUUGGUUAGACCCUCGGUGCCUGAACAAGCAGCAGAAGCCUCUGGAAGAGUGUGAAGAUGAUGAAGGGAUCCAUACGGAGGAGCUGGACAGUGAACUAGAACUGCCUGCUGGUUGGGAAAAGAUUGAUGACCCUGUCUAUGGUAUCUACUAUGUAGACCACAUCAACAGGAAGACACAAUAUGAGAACCCAGUUCUAGAAGCCAAACGGAAGAAGCAGCUGGAGCAACAGCAGCCGCAGCAGCAACAGCCGGAAGAAUGGACAGAAGAUCAUUCAUCGCUUGUGCCUCCUAUUAUUCCAAACCACCCCCCAAGCAAUCCGGAGCAGGCCAGAGAAGCUCCACUUCAGGGCAAACCCUUUUUUACACGAAACCCUUCAGAGUUGAAAGGCAAAUUCAUUCACACGAAGCUGCGGAAAAGCAGUCGUGGCUUUGGCUUCACGGUCGUUGGAGGGGAUGAACCUGACGAGUUUCUGCAGAUCAAGAGCUUGGUCCUAGAUGGUCCCGCCGCGUUGGAUGGCAAGAUGGAAACAGGAGAUGUGAUUGUGAGUGUGAACGACACCUGUGUUUUGGGACACACGCAUGCACAAGUUGUGAAAAUCUUCCAGUCCAUUCCCAUCGGUGCCAGCGUGGACCUUGAACUCUGCCGAGGUUAUCCAUUGCCUUUUGACCCAGAUGACCCCAACACGAGUUUAGUGACCUCUGUGGCCAUUUUGGAUAAAGAACCAAUUAUUGUGAAUGGGCAAGAGACCUAUGACUCGCCGGCUAGUCACAGUAGUAAAACAGGCAAAGUCAAUGGCAUGAAGGACGCCAGGCCAAGCAGCCCUGCAGAUGUGGCUUCAAACGGUUCCCAUGGUUACCCCAAUGACACUGUCUCUUUGGCUUCCUCCAUAGCCACUCAGCCAGAACUCAUAACUGUUCAUAUAGUCAAAGGGCCAAUGGGCUUUGGUUUUACAAUUGCGGACAGUCCUGGCGGUGGCGGCCAAAGAGUGAAACAGAUUGUCGACAGUCCAAGGUGCCGAGGCCUGAAGGAAGGGGAUCUUAUAGUGGAAGUUAAUAAGAAGAACGUGCAAGCUCUGACUCACAACCAAGUUGUGGACAUGCUGAUCGAAUGUCCAAAGGGAAGUGAGGUCACAUUGUUAGUGCAACGAGGAGGGCUGCCAGUUCCCAAGAAGAGCCCAAAGUCGCAACCACUGGAAAGAAAAGACAGCCAGAAUAGCUCCCAGCACAGCGCUGCCAGCCACCGAAGCCUGCACACAGCCUCCCCAAGCCACGGCACACAGGUGCUACCCGAGUUCCCACCCGCCGAGGCCCCGGCUCCAGAUCAGACUGACAGCUCUGGGCAGAAAAAACCAGAUCCUUUUAAAAUCUGGGCCCAGUCCAGGAGCAUGUAUGAAAACCGACCUAUGUCACCUUCGCCUGCAUCGGGAUUGAGCAAGGGUGAAAGAGACAAAGAAAUCAAUUCCACGAAUUUUGGAGAAUGUCAGAUUCCAGAUUAUCAAGAACAGGACAUCUUCCUCUGGAGAAAAGAGACUGGAUUUGGAUUUAGGAUUCUGGGUGGCAAUGAACCAGGGGAACCUAUUUAUAUCGGUCACAUCGUACCACUGGGUGCUGCUGAUACAGACGGCCGCCUGAGGUCUGGGGAUGAAUUAAUCUGUGUGGAUGGGACACCAGUCAUUGGUAAAUCACACCAGCUUGUGGUCCAGCUUAUGCAACAAGCCGCCAAGCAAGGCCACGUCAAUCUCACAGUACGGCGUAAAAUGGUGUUUGCGGCCUCCAAAACAGAGAACGAGGUGCCCUCGCCAGCCUCCUCCCAUCACAGUAGCAACCAGCCGGCCUCACUGACCGAGGAGAAGCGCACCCCGCAGGGCAGCCAGAACUCCCUGAACACGGUGAGCUCCGGCAGCGGCAGCACCAGCGGCAUUGGCAGCGGCGGCGGUGGCGGCAGCGGCGUGGUGAGCACCGUGGUCCAGCCCUACGACGUGGAGAUCCGGCGCGGGGAGAACGAGGGCUUCGGCUUCGUCAUCGUGUCGUCGGUGAGCAGGCCUGAGGCAGGGACGACAUUCGGUCGGAUUAUUGAGGGGAGCCCUGCUGACCGAUGUGGCAAGCUGAAAGUAGGAGACCGGAUCUUGGCGGUAAAUGGAUGUUCCAUCACCAACAAGUCCCAUUCCGACAUUGUCAACCUCAUCAAGGAAGCGGGAAACACAGUUACCCUGCGCAUCAUUCCCGGGGAUGAGUCUUCGAAUGCCACUUUGCUGACCAAUGCGGAGAAGAUUGCCACCAUCACCACCACACACACCCCUUCGCAGCAAGGGGCCCAGGAGACCAGGAAUACCACCAAACCAAAGCCGGAAUCUCAGUUUGAGUUCAAAGCACCCCAGGUAACACAGGAGCAAGAUUUUUACACUGUGGAACUGGAAAGAGGAGCCAAGGGAUUUGGCUUUAGUCUUCGAGGGGGCCGAGAGUAUAACAUGGACCUCUAUGUUCUGCGCUUAGCAGAGGAUGGUCCUGCAGAAAGGUGUGGAAAGAUGAGGGUUGGUGAUGAAAUUUUAGAGAUCAAUGGCGAGACCACCAAAAACAUGAAGCAUUCUCGGGCUAUUGAACUGAUUAAGAAUGGUGGCCGCAGAGUGCGUCUGUUUCUGAAGCGGGGAGACGGCUCCGUACCAGAAUAUGACCCCAGCAGCGACGGGAACGGCCCUCCCACCGGUCCACAAGGUGUUCCGGAAAUGAGGGCCGCGCCCCCCGACCGCCGACAGCAUCCAUCAUUGGAGUCCAGUUAUCCACCCGAUCUUCACAAAUCAUCACCACAUGGGGAAAAGCGGGCACACGUGAGAGAUCCCAAAGGCAGCAGAGAGUAUAGCAGACAACCCAAUGAACAUCACACAUGGAACGGAACUUCUAGAAAACCCGACAGUGGGGCUUGCCGACCCAAGGACCGGGCACCCGAGGGACGAAGAGAUGCCCAACCCGAGCGGAUGGUGACCAAUGGCCCCAAGAGAAGGUCUCCGGAGAAGCGGAGGGAAGGCACGAGGAGCGCUGACAACACUUUGGAGAGGAGGGAGAAGCAGGAGAAGAGGAGGGAGGUUUCCCCGGAGAGGAGGCGAGAGCGGUCCCCAACCCGCCGGAGGGAUGGCUCCCCCGGCCGGCGGCGGAGGUCUCUCGAGAGACUCUUGGAUCAGAGAAGAUCUCCCGAGCGCAAGAGAGGAAGCUCGCCCGAAAGGAGAGCCAAAUCCACAGACCGGAGGCGGACCAGGUCCCCCGAGCGGAGGAGAGAGCGGUCCCUGGAGAAAAGGAGCAAAGAGGACAAAGGCAGCCACCGAGAAAGGGACGAGACGAGUCUGAAACAGGAUGCCGGCCGAAGUUCCAGACAUCCCCCGGAGCAGAGAAGGCGACCUUACAAAGAAUGUAGCACCGACCUCAGUAUCUGAGACCCUGAAUCACAUUCCAGCCUUUACCGUGUCAAAGGUUCUAAGAGGAAGCUCACAGACCUGAAAUCAUUUAGUUUCUUACCUAGUGAAGCGUCUGAUGUCAGCCUGAUGAUCCUCUGACUUGCGACAAACAUUUGAUGCAUUUGAAAUCUUAUAAGAAAAUAUAUAUAUAUAUAUGAAAAGUGUUGUGCCUGAUGUAUCAUAUUAAAGAAAGUAUUUUUAAAUGCAUACGUUUUUGGAAAUUAUUUGCCAAAUGCUGCCCCCAAGGAAUAUAAAUUUUGUUUCUACAUAAACUGUAGAAUUGUCAAGAAUUGUUCCCUUUUGGGUGGAGCGAUCUUUUUCUCUCCUGGUAAAAUGGGGCCGUUGAUCAUUUUCUCUAAGUAAGGAAAAUCAUUGAUCAAGUUUAAUUAAUUUGAUAGAGACUUAUGUAGUGAUGUAGUGCUAUACUGUAGUUAGGAGUUUUUCUUGAAAAAAAAGAAAAGAGCAAAAAGGCAAAAAUUAUAUUUGUAAAAGCUGAGGACUCUUUGGAAUGGAUUAGGAUUGCCGAGGAUCCUAAAAUUAAGCAAACUAUGAAGAGACUACUAUCGCAAAUGAAGGAUAUUUAUAGUUAAACGACACAGCACAAGGAAAUGUUAUGUUCUCAAGUUAUAGUUGGUACAGAAAACAGUUCGUACUCUCCCUGGCUGUAGAAAGGUGCCCAGAGGAGAAGGUUGGCCGCCAUUACCCAAAUGCAGCCCAAGCACAGAUGCUCAGGUUCUUUAGCAUCACCAACAUCUAAUAAGAUUUCAUUAAGGCAGUGCCAUCACAGCUUUGCUCAACUAUUGGAAGGAAUGGAUAACAGACACGUUCUGUGCUGUCUUGCCUGAUUUGAGGCCGAAUAGGAGAUGGAAUGGGGGACAGUGUGCCCGGUGUGAGGAGUCCUAAGAAUUGCCAGUAGAGAAAGUAUGUUCCCCCCUUUUAGCAUAAGCCCGCGGUUGCCCUUUGCCAAACUGGGGAGAAGGGAGUAAGCCUUGUUGGAAGGAACCUCUCUGUUAAUGUUUAAAAGAAAUGAGGGUUGGGCAUGCUCAUUCUUAGAAAUGCCAGUUUUCCUUUGGAACCAUAAUGAAAGUCUCCAGGGUGAUUGAAAGGGAGAGAAGGAUGCGAUUUCAGUGGUUCUAGAUCUAGCUGGCAAACCUCUGCCCUUAUGACCCUGUUCUUUGAGUCUUUUGACAGAGCAAAACAUAGUGAUUUUUCCUUGAUAAAAGACCCAUUCUUUUGCUAUCUCACAGGAGGUUUGGUUGGGUCGGCUGUAGCCCCAGGAUGCGGUUGAAAUGGAUUACUGCCUAGCUGAGCCAAAACCUUUGCUUGUACCUGUUGGACCACUGCAGCAAACCGCUGCUUAUGAUGCAUUGUGUAUUUCCAUAGUACUGUUUUGCAUUUUCCAUACAGACACAAAACUUUGCAAGUCAAUCACUGUUG